GCGCUAUAUGCAUGCUCUCCUUGCCGUGUCGUAUCCUACGUACCAUAUGGGUUCCGCAAGACCGCAACGCCGUGGCUAAGACUUCCAUGAAACCAAUAAGACGCAGACGCGACGGACGCGCAUAUCCCGGCCGCUGGAAUGAACUUCCAUGGAAACUUACUUUGGUGGUCACUUGAGGUACAAAUACGACCAUGUUGGUGUCCUUUGCGUCGCCAUAUCAGCAGCUUCCCCCGAUUGAGCGUGCUUGACACGGAGGCCGCGGGGCGCAGACUCGCAGAGGUCGAGCAGGAUACAUAUGGCCCUGUCGCGGGCGGCGUGGAUCGCCGCCGGCCUCGGCGCGCGGCUGCUCAUGGUCGCCGUCCUGGCCAUGACCGUGCAGCUCACGCUGGCCAACCACACCAGGCGGAGCUACGAGGACGACUUCUACAAGCUCCAGAGCUACUCGUACACGGUCGCGGCGGCGGUGAUCGGGAUGGCCGGCAGCGCGCUGCAGGUACCCGUCGCCGUCUACCUCCUCUGCCGGAGCAAGCGGAUGACGCCCAGCGCCCUCGUCCUCGACGCCAGCAUGUACGCCGACGUGGUGGUCACCGUCCUGCUGGCCAGCGGCGUCGGCGCGGGAUUCGGCGCCACCAUAGACGCCCUGCGGUACGUCCGCCACGUCACGUGGUGGGACGGCGACGCGACGAAGCAGGACCUCAUCCGCUACUACGACAAGGCGUUCCUCCCCGUAGUCUUCCUCCUCGUGGGGAUGGUGCUGUCCAUGGCCGCCACCGUCGUCUCCGCCAGGCUCCGGGCCCGGACGGCCAACGACGACGUCUGAUGAGCGCACAUCAUCACCAGCUCGAUCUAUCCUCACGAGAUCGAUUCAUCGACCUCAGUCUGUAUUUCCUCACUCACGCUACUACAUUAUUCAAAUGAAGGAUUACAAAAGAAUCCAUAACUUGUGGAUAAGCGCUCAUUUAGAAGUGAGACUUGAGCCGUGCCGUGCUAGCAUAGUCUGACCAUCUCAUGCCUCGUGCUGCUUCGGGUCUAGAUUUUUAGACACGAUGGGUCGUGCCGGUCCGGCAUGCCAAGUCCUUGCCUAGACUCAAGAAUGGCAUGGUCGUGCAUGUCGGAAUGGUCCGAAAUUUAUCGUGUCGUAACCGUGUUUUAGGCUGUGUCAAUUCGGAUGGUCCAUAAGUAGCACGGCUAAGUUCUAGCCCUAUGUUCAUUUAAUGUAUGUUGUGCAUGCAUUUUUAAUUGCAUACAUAGUUUUUCCCUUUA